AUGUCGCGGAGACCCGCCGGACCCGACAGGACGAUGCAGAACCAGCAGACGUUGAAGAGCUUGGUCAAGUUGGAAGGAAACAAGAGCUGUGCAGACUGCAAGAGGAACAAACACCCGAGAUGGGCCAGCUGGAACUUGGGCAUCUUUAUUUGCAUCCGAUGCUCUGGUAUUCACCGUGGUAUGGGCACACACAUCAGCAGAGUCAAAUCCGUUGAUCUGGAUUCUUGGACCGACGAGCAGCUUCAGAGCAUGUUGAAGUGGGGCAACACUAGAGCCAACAAGUAUUGGGAAGCAAAGCUCGCCCCUGGACAUGUUCCCGCCGAAGCUAAGAUCGAGAACUUUAUCCGCACCAAGUACGACUCUAAGAGAUGGACCAUGGAUGGCCCAAUUCCGGACCCUUCCACUCUGGGCGGCGAGGGUGGUGACGAAGACGUGCCUCUCAGUGUAGUUCAGGAGAAAGCCAAGCUCGAUCGAUCGGCAUCUCUCAGAAACGCAUCCAUGAGCAGCGGACCUGCCGCCCCUACAGCCCCUAGAGCAGUCGCCCCAGUCAUUGAUCUUUUUGGCGACGACCCGACUCCAGCCCGUGCAAGCACCGCCGAGCCUUCAAUCGCCUCUAGACCUCCUCCACAACAACAAAAAGCUCCUGCUGCUCCUCCAAAGCAGAACCGCCCCGGUGACUCCCUACUCGGUCUCGACUUCUUUGGAACAAGCCAAUCGGCUCCUCCAGCUCGUCCUGCUAGCGCUGCCUCUGGCGCUGCUACUCCUGGAAGCAACCCUCGAUCAGACUUGAAGCAGUCCAUCUUGUCCCUAUACGCAUCCGCGCCUAAGCCUGCCCCAGUGCAGCAGCCUCAACCCGCUUCAAAUGCUUUCGGCGGCUUUGCUUCCCCGCCCAUGCAAUCUCCUGCCGCCUCUACUUCUUCCUUUGGUGGCAUGGCUGAUGCGUUUGGCGGCUUGAGCUUUGGCUCAUCACCUGCCCCUCAACAACAGCAGCAGCAACAACCUCCCAAGCCUUCUGCUUUCUCUAACCUGACUUCUCCAGCAGCGCGAACAAGCUCUCUUAGUGGUGGCAGCUUCUUCGAUGCUAAGCCCGCUCCACCACCCAAGUCAGCUGCUGCACCUGCGUCCAGGCCGCAAGCAGCUCGUGUGUCUAGUGGAUUUGGUGACUUUGGUGACUUUACAUCUGCACCAUCACCUGCGCCUAUGCCUGCAAGAUCACCAGUCCCAGCCAGCUCCGGCAUGGGAGACCUGUUCGAUAUGGGUGCUCCUGCACCUUCUAAGCCAGCUACUUCGACAUCUUCCUCAGCCUUCAAUCUGUCGACUCCUGCUCCUCCCAAACCUGCACCUGCACCCGCCAUUGGUGGCCUCGAUAACAUGGAUGCCUGGGGCUCGAACAACGCAUGGAGCACCCCUGAGCCAGCAGCACCUGCACCGCCGACUGCUUCCUACAAAGCACCUGCUACAACUAGUGUGUCAAAUGAUGACGACUUUGGCGGUUGGGGAAGCAACGAGGGCACUUCCUCGAAGCCUUCGGUCGCCCAGGACGAUGAGUUCGGCGGCUGGAGCAGCGCACCUGCACCUACUGCCUCUACAUCUAACAACAAGGCUCCGGCUGCAGAUGAUCUCUUCGGAAACGUCUGGGGUUAG